AUGACUGGAGAAGUAGCCGAUAAGAAGGAGGAAAUGGAAUCUAAAGAGGUUACCAAAGCUAAGGAGAUAAUUAAAUCUCUCAAACCAACGGCAGUCACUAGAGCUGCUAGACGCUCUAAAUCAUUACCGCUUCAUCAUCAUGUCUUAGAUGGAACUAGCAUUUUGUCUAAUAUAAUAGAAUAUUCAUCAAAUGAUAUGGAUAAAGAGAUUGGAAAUAAUAGUAGCGGUUUAGAUCUCAACAAGGAUCUACUAGAGCAACAAGAUAAUUGUCCAAAUGAUAACGCUAAGAAAUUAAGUGGUUUAGAAAUCGAUAAUAAAUCAAACAAGUUAGAUGAUAAGAAGAUAAAUUCAGAAUCACCAUCACCAUCACCAUCAUCAUCAUCAUCAUCAUCAUCGACAAAUAUGACAUCAUCCACUAUAAUUCCUAUAGAUAUUCUUUCCAUCACUAAUAUUUUUCCCAGAAUAAGGAUGUUAAUGUUAUUUUUCCAUGCUUUUGCUAUCUUCUUUAUAAAAAUUAUAACAUGUCUUAGAAAUCGACUAUCGAAAGAGGAAUCAUCAAAAGACUACGAUAAAGAUAUUGAAAACAAUAGUAGUAGUUUAGAAAUCAACAAGGAUCUUCCAAAAUAA